UAGGCAAUUAUUGACAUGGUUGGUUUAUCAGCCUCCUACAUGGUUGCCAAUUUGACACCCUUUACAUAUUCGGAUAACAGUGCAGUUGUAAAGUUUAAACUGCACAAUCUAUUUGGUGUUAUACACUUUUUAGAGUAACGAUAAUUCGGAGUUUUUUUCAUGUCAUUAUUUUUUAGAAAAAAGAAAAGCGCACGAUUUUUUAAAUUGUAUAUUUUGUACCAUUUGGCAACACUUUACCCCGAAGGUACACUCCCGCUUUCACUGGUUGGCUAACCUCUCGCAUGCAUACCGAUCUUUUCGAUUUGGCGUACCUCCACUUUGCAUUUAAUCAGUCGGUGACAAUGGACUUAUCGAGGCGCGGGUUAUGCUCCCUAUAGAAUCAAACGUCGAGCCGAGCUGAGUAUGCAUUAUCUGUCAACUCGUUCAAUAUGCAAACUACCCCACACCGGUAAACUGAAUCGUUUCUGAACAAAACAAGACAAAACCAUUUUGCACAUCGUUUCUACUCAGUAUCUUGUAUCUCGUUGGAGACGGAUGAUAUACCUUUGGUUUAUACGUGAUUGAGCAGCUCUAUAAGGACAGGGAUUUAUAUUUUGUGAAUUUGGUUCAAAAUUGGGUGCAAUGGCGUUUUGGAAAAGAAGGAGCCAGAGUUUUGAACCGGUGUCACCACAGAGCCGUUACACUGUGACUUAUCUUGGAUAUGAGGAAAUGCAGGGUAAAGUUGGCCUUGAUAAUACCAUUAAACCGGUAGAUGAUAUGUAUCGUCAAUACAAGUCACAUAAACCGAAAACUGUGAGCAAGAUGCAGAUUGAAGUGAUAAAUAACGGCAUCAAAGUUGAGCCCCUGGAUGCCGGAGUCAAAACCAUGUUUGCAAAUUCCCCAUAUUACGUUGGAGAGGGCCCUUUCGGCAGUGUUUUCUUCCCGAUCAACAAGCUCUCGUUUGGUGCUGCAGAUCCCUACCACAAUAAGAUCUUCUGCUUCGUUUCACGUAACGAGAACCCUGCUGAUGAUCACGUUUGGGAUUGCCAUGCGGUCUUCUGUGAAUCGUCCGCCAUGGCCAAGAACCUAACCCUGAAUUUGGUCAAGGCUUUCCAGAAAAUAAACUCUGCCAAAGAAGAUCCUUUGAGGUUGGCUCAGAAAAGCCAGAAGCCAACAACAGUGCACAUUUUACGCGAGAGAGGUACGUCUGAGCACCAAUUUCAAGCCAGGAGAAAAAAGAGACCCCCUGUAUCAACGGUUAGUGUGACCCUUAACGUUGGUGAAAAAACGGACUUAAGAGAUAAGGAUACAAGUAAUUGUAACAGAGCAGUUGCUAAUAUCAUUGCUCAACGUGCUCAAAUUGAAUUUGGUGCUGGUGACAGUGAUGUAUCCAACGGAAAUAGUGUUUCAAAAGGAGUCGGGACGAGUAGUUCCGACAAGGAGAAUGAUCUCAUGGAAGGCAUCCUCAGUGAUGAAGACAUGACACGAAGCAAUAGUCCUAGAGAGGUGGAGGUAACCGUGGCACUAAAUCCUGAAUUGAAUUCUCCACGUGGUGAUCGUAUCAGCAGCGGCGAAGAGGAUGAUGCGGUGUUUACUCUCGAUCCUCGCUCCGGAGAAAUGUCACCCAAGGAAAUGAUCACGACAAUGAGUCCCCCUGACACACCUAGCUAUCUUUCAAAAGAAGGAAAGUUACCUUCACCAACUAAAUCCUCUUCACCAAGUCAACAGAGAAAUUAUGUCAAGGUUAAAACGCCCUCACCCCCUCAAGCGUCAGUGAUUCCUGUCAACACAUCUCCAAGAAAAUUGGACAGUAGCGAAAUAAUCAAGAGAACAAAGGCCCCAUCCCCUCCAAAAUCUACCACACCAGAUUCCCCUCGACAACUGAACACUGGUCGAGGUGAUAACAGCAGUACGUCCCCAACAGAAAACUUACGCCGGAACACUCCAUCUCCUAUUUCACCAAAGACAUCACCUAACCCUCUUCCUGGAUCACCAAGGAGCGUCCCAUCUCCUGCUUCGACACCUCCGCUCAAAGCUAGUCCUCCAAAAAAGGAGAAUGAGGGCUCAGGAAUCACUACUCCCGAGGUAACCCUGAGGAGGCGAUCACCACAAUCAACGUUGACGUCGGGCGCCAGCCCUGAUGACUCUGGUGCUGUACAGAAAAAGUCCAGAAAAGAAAGGAAAUCAGUGCGAUUCGCGGUUGAAGAGGUGCACAUAGGAUGAUGUAUAUGUUAUUCCUGGAAGAGGUAGUCACAUGAUUGGUGAAUAUGAAAUAAAAAAACGAUUACGUGCAAAGAGGAUAUCUAAGUUCUAAGUUUCUGAAAUUUAUUAUAUGCCUAUUUGAAAAUAAUUAGAUCGCGCCAUUGAGUUUUGAUUACGACCUAUGUCAAAUGACUAUUGGUUAAAUCUUGAUGUGGACUUGUCAAAUGGAAAUGAGUGAUUUUAAGCACUAGCACCAGGAACACGUUGGGAUGAAUCUUUUACAACACAGAUAUUUCAAUAGAGGAAGACGCCAUCAUUUUUCCUAAUGUUUUUAAUUAUGUAUUCAUCUCGCUUAGGUUCAUUACAGAAAAUAAAUCUUUCUGAACUUGAACUUGAACUGAAAAAGUAGAUUGAGCAGUAAUUCCAUGUUCGAUGUGACUCCUUUUAACUUAACUUAUGUAAUUAAUUGAACUUUAUGGUAUUUCUAAACCAUUUAGAGUAACACCUAUGUUAAUUUGAAAUGACUUUUGAAAAUAUGAGUACAAUCUAAUCUGUAUUCAUUACUCUGUUACUCUCUAAACCAAUACAUGACAAUCAGCAUACGGCUACAGUCCUAAUAGUCAUUGCAUGGGUACAAAAUCACGUUUAUUUUCUAAUUGAGUCAUUACAGUUUAUGUUUGGGAUAGCAUGUAACGUGGUACUCAGGGCUGAAAAUAAUUGUAUCUAAAUAAAUGGAGUAAAAUAUUAAUCGAGGAAAAUGCCGAAAACUUCACCAAACUCUGAUAACAAGUAAGUAAUGAUAUUUUAAAUUUUAUAAAUAUUUUGUGAAAACAGUUAUAUGCACGUCAUCAUAAAUAUUCAUAAGGUGGGCUGAUGAUGUCACAUCCCAACUUUCCUCGUUCUUCUAUUAUUAAAUGAAAUCGUAACUAUUCCAUUUUUUAUACAUGUGUGAAUGAUAUAUCUCUUAUAAUAAAAUGAGAUACAGCCAAGAAUAUCUAAUGCAUUAAAUAAGUUGUUAGUCCAAUUUUUUAGUUCUUGGAGAAUUUUUUUUUGUGUAUUCAUGUACAAGUAGGGAUAUGACAUCAUCGGUUUGCUCAUUGACUAUUCAUGAAGAUAUGCACAGAACUGUUUCACAAAAAUAAUGCAUAUCUUCAAAUGUCCUUACUUUGUUAUUCCUUGUCCGAUUUUACUUAAAUUUUCAGUGUUCUUUUUGGUCUCAUUUUCAGCCUGAAGUACCUCUUUAAAUGUCGCUUUCGCAGUUACACCAAUGAAAUGAAUCCCAAGACGACCGAUUGUAUGUCAUUGAAAAUAUAACAUUUUGAUAGGUUUAAAGGCGGUCUGGAAUCUCUGGAUGUUGUGGUGAAUGCUACUUUGACUCAAAAGACAUAUUGUGGAGAAGUAAUGCCCUGUGAUCAUGGUAAUUAGUGCUUUGUUUAAGAUGUGUCAUCUAAUAUACAUGUGUCUUGAAAGCCUUUUGUGCUCAUGGUGACAAGGAAAUUUUGACUGAAUGUCGUAAUUUACCAGCCUUUAAGAAUAUACGUGGGAUAUAAAUUACGAUAAUUAAGCACAAUUUGGACUAAAUUUCGUCAAUUACCUGCCUUGAAGAUGAUGUGAGAUACAAAUUACGAUAAUUAAGCAAUUGCUUAACCUCAUCAUGUUGAAAAGUAAGUUUUUCUGGCUUAGUUCAUCUGGAUUUUGACUGAGAAAAGAAUGCACACUUCUCCCAGUGUAUACGUUGUGAGUAGGGAAACAAAAAAUUAAUACGUCAUUUAAAACGUGUUGAAUAUCGAAUUUCUGUGUUUUACAAUAUUAUAUAUAAGCAGAGCAUCUAAUAGUGUAUGUGAUCACUGAAAUAUAUCAUGUUGUUUUGGUAUGUAAUGACAAUUUUUCUCGACAGCGAAAUAAUUGCCAAAUAAUUCUAUACUUUGCAUAGGCCUUCGUAUUUGGGAAGAUUAUCUGUUGCGGAUGAUAUGCGAAGAUCAAUUAAAUUUCACUAAUUAGAGAGCAACUUCAAUAAUAAUAUUGUCUAGGAGUAUUCCAUAACUUCAAUGUUAUUGACUCUAAAAUAUUGACUCUGAAAUAUGGUUUCAUUUCUUCAACGACAGAAAAAUUAACAUUCUAGAUUAGCACCUGGUUGCCAUGAGCUUUACUGAAUGUGAUUUAAAAAACGAAAAAAAUUACAAAUAAGCAAUUUUUCCGGUCGUUCGUUAAGUCAUCCGUAACUUCGAAAUUUUAAAUCACCUAAGUAGUCAAAGGAACAUGAUAUGGAAAGUUGUGCUCUGAUUAUCAUGAUUAUCAGGGUUUAAUUACUCAUGACAAGUGAAUAUAUUAAUUUGUAUUCAGAGUCUCAAUUAUGAGUGAUGACGUAGCCUAAGGAGUUAAAGGUUCGCGUUUAAAAAUGACUCGUUACUUUCCUGACCUGGGCAAUGAUGUUUUUUUCGGUAAAUAUGCCAAAAAUUAAGACGAAUGAUCAUAUUGUUUGUAAUGUCACCAUAUGCUUGUAACAUAUGUUCAUGUGCGAGAUGAAAUGUGUGUUUUUAUUAGUAUUCAUAUAACCAAAUAUAUCUGUAUGAAAGAUCUUUUAAAGUGAAGCAAAAUUUAUUAAAGAAAUCUUGAAGAUAGAAUUUAAA